AUGGCCGCCAACAACACCAACGGCACGAUCUGUGUGCACGGCGACUGUCCCUCUACGGGUCGGCUGGACGACGUUUGGGUGUUUGACGUUACCUCGCAGACCUGGACCGAGCUGCCGGCCGCGCCACCCCCGGCUCGUGGUGACCUUCGCUUGCCGUUAUCGGCGAGAAGCUGUAUUGCAUGCACGGGUACGACGGCAAGCGAGAGCAAGGCAGCGCGAAGCUUCGGUUCCGCGCUGCACGCCAUGGCGGACCCUUGUCGAAUUGUCGUCUUUGCCAGCGGUAAUGGGUCUAAUUUUCAGGCGCUCAUCGACGCCGUCAAAGAUGGUCGAAUCCCAAAUUCCAAGAUCAUUCGUCUCAUUGUGAAUCGGGCGAAGGCAUACGCAACCACACGCGCAGACAACGCUGGUAUUCCGUGGGAGUACUUCAAUCUCAUCUCUCAUGGCUUCCAGGCGAAAGGAGAACAGGACCCCGUCAAGAUACAGGAGGCCCGCAACAAAUAUGACGCUGCACUUGCCGAGAAGCUGCUGAAGGGCGACUACAAACCUGAGCUCGUCAUUCUGGCUGGCUGGAUGUAUGUGUUUGGAAAGGCUUUCCUCGAUCCACUGGAGGCUGCCGGUAUCAAGAUCAUCAACCUCCACCCAGCGCUGCCAGGGAAAUAUGAUGGCGCCGGUGCCAUUGAGAGGGCGUAUCAAGACUUCAAGGCGGGCAGGCUCGAAAACAAUCGCACUGGCAUCAUGGUUCACUACGUCAUCGACCAAGUGGACAGGGGUGAGCCUAUCCUGGUGAGGGAGAUUGAGUGUCGGGAGGAUGAGGACUUGCACCAACUUGAGGAACGGAUUCAUAAGAAUGAGCAUGAGCUCAUCGUGGAGGCGGCGGCGCUGGUGGUGAAGCAAAUACUUGAGCAGCGCAGCAGGCAAUAA